AUAAAAGCUAGAGAAGCCCAGAGCUGUUUGUGUGUUGACUCGAGUGUGUUGACUGAACACAAGAAAAAGCAACCCGAGACCUGGCACCAUGCUGAAUUGUUCUGUCUUUCGGCUUUUAAUGCUGUUCCUGUUUGCCACAGUUUCCGCAGCGGAUGUAUGCAAAGACAGUGGAAAUGAAUGCUUGCAUGGCGGCACUUGUGACACCACCGAAUCUCCAGCCGAAUGCGACUGUACCGCUACCGGUGGAUACACAGGGGACACAUGUCAGAUAGAUCCCCCACCAGCUAAAUGCACAGCCGGUGGUAAGGAAUGCUUGCAUGGCGGCACUUGUGACACCACCGAAUCUCCAGCCGAAUGCGACUGUACCGCUACCGGUGGAUACACAGGGGACACAUGUCAGAUAACUCCCCCAACAUCUAAAUGCACAGACAGUGGUAAUGAAUGCUUGCAUGGCGGCACUUGUGACACUAAGAAAUCUCCAGCCGUAUGCGACUGUACCGCUACUGGUGGAUACACAGGGGACACAUGUGAGAAUGGUGCGGUCGUUGUGAGAAUGUCAGCCUACUGUGUGAUCAUCGGACUUGCAUCGUAUUGGAUCACCACCUGGGCACACAUUGUGUGAGAUGGGCCUACUUUCAUGGACAACUAGAAAGCAUUUGAUCAUGAGAUAACAUUUGAUAUACAUGUAUGUAAUCGUAACAUAAUUAAUUAACUGUCUUAAAUCAGUUAUAUUUCUUUGAUUAAUGAUUGUUUUAGGGAAAGUUACGCGUCAAGGAUGCGCAAGAGAAUAUGAGCAUUCAGUUUACAAAUUUUCAAUCAAAAUGCUUGCAUAGGUUUGUUGUGAGUGUUUCAUUAACUAUCAGUUUGUAGAACUUGUUCCAAUUAACCCAUACUUAUAACAGGCAAUUAAGAAUAUUGAUUCUCGUUAUCACUAACUGCGAAAAUUCGUUACGGGAUAAAGUUGGUUCACUGCAGCUAAAAAGACAAAAUCUCUAAUAACAUUUCGGCCUUUGAUAACAUGUUACUGAUGACGUGGGCCUCUCUCCGAGUGACUACUGACACAGAGUAAAUGUUAUCCAACUUUCUAGCUGCAGUGGCAGUUGCAAAUUGUGUUCAAUAUCUUACAAAUGGAUUUGAUCAUGUGUAUUUCAUAGAAUUGAUUAAAGACAAGUAC